AUGCAUGCAACGGCGGAAAACCAACCGGCCCCUUCCUACAAUAUAGCCGUCAUUGGUUCCGGCUUGGGUGGCCUAUCCGCCGCUAUUGCCCUCCGUCGCACCGGCCACCAAGUCACCGUCUAUGAAAGAUAUGAUUUUAGCGGAGAAGUUGGUGCUUCGCUCUCGCUGGCUCCAAACGGCUCUCGCUUCCUGGAAGAAUGGGAAGUGGACAUUCCCUCUGCUAAGCCCGUCGUCCUGCAGAAGCUCAUCCGCCACGAUUGGUCCUCGGGAAACGUUACCGCCGAGUACCCACUGGGAGACUACCGUGAGCGGUUCGGCACAGACUACAACAAUUUCCACAGAAUAGAUCUCCAUAGGCAUCUAAAAAAUGUGGCUAUCGCCGAAACGGGAGGCGGGUCUCCAGCGCAGCUAAAAGUCUGCCAUCGGGCGAUCAAAUUGGAUCCCGCUCAGGGGAAAAUAACAUUCGAUAACGGCAAAGAAGCCGGUCACGAUGUUAUCAUUUGCGCGGACGGGAUCCGGAGCCAGAUGCGAGAGCAACUUGGCAUCAUUCCAGACGUCGCACCAUCCACGUCAUGUUGUUACAGGUGUAUCAUAAGCACCAAAAAACUCCGUGAAUUGGGACUUGGCGAGUUUGCUGAAAACAGUGCCAUCGAGUUUUGGGGCGGCAACGGCAUCGAUAAGAUUGUCAUGAGCCCAUGUUCCAACCAUGAAGUUGUUAGUUGUUAUUGCUUCUAUCCAGUUGAAAAGAAUAAUCUCAAGGAAGAUGGCUGGAAUAUUUCCUCCACAGGCGAGAAUCUUGCAGCAACAUUCCCUGAUCUGGACGAGCGGCUGCGCACCCUCUUUCGUAACGCAGAGGAUGUUAAGAUGUGGCGCCUGUACAACCAUGAGCCCUAUCCCUAUUGGGUGAGCGGCCGUUGCUGCCUACUUGGAGAUGCAGCCCAUCCAAUGAUGCCCGAUCAAUCUCAAGGUGCAUGCAUGGCGCUGGAGGAUGCAGGGGCACUCGGCAUACUCUUCUCCACCAAAUAUGCACACCUGUCUAUACUAGAAAAGCUUCAGUUGUACGAACUGGAGCGCAAGCCACGCGCCACGCGAGUACAAGAAAGCAGUCGAAGGGCCAGAACAGAUAUCACAGAAAGGAUCGGCUGGAGCAGCGCCAACGACCGCCCGGGAAAGCUGACUAUUGAGGAGAUAUGUGGAUACAAUAUGCAUUCUCAUGUGGCUGAGCUGGUUGAGAGAAUCUCACAAGCUUCUUCGUCAAACCCCCCGGUAAGCGAGCAACGGUGA